AUGCUGAGAAGCCUGACACGACUCGUCCACCGUCCUCUAAAGCUGGACCACGGGUACGCCCUGCAUACCACAGCCAAGGAUUGCUUCAGCUCCCUUGCCAGCCAGGAUGCCCAAACACUGACUGAAACACCAAGAGAGGUUUUCUAUACCAGCGAGAACGACCCGGCCAAGCACGCGGAGCACCACGAGGGCCGUCACUACAGCAUCCCGCUGGAGGAGGUGAAAGCUGUGUUCCCCCACGGGCUGCCCCCCCGGUUCCAGCAGCAGAUCAAGACGUUCAACGAAGCCUACGUGAUGGUGCGAAAACCCGCCCUAGAGCUUUUUACUUACCUGAAAAGCUCCAACUUUGCACACCCAGCGGUCAGAUACGUGAUCUACGGUGAGAGGGGAACAGGGAAGACCAUGACCCUGUGCCACGUCAUUCACUUCUGCGCGAGGCAAGGUUGGCUGGUGCUGCACAUCCCCGAUGCUCACCUCUGGGUGAAAAAUUGCAGGAAACUUAUGCAGUCGUCCUACAACAAAAAACGGCUCGAUCAGCCUUUGCAAGCAUCCGCCUGGCUCAAGAACUUCAAAAUCUCCAACGAGCGCUUCCUCAAAGAGAUAAAAACACACAAAAAAUACGUGUGGGGCAAACGAGAGAGCACGGAGGAGGGCAGCCCGCUGGGGGAAGUGGUGGAGCAGGGUUUAGCUCGCGUGAGAAGUGCCAGCGACGCUGUGGGGGUCGUACUGAAAGAGCUGAGGCAGCACUGUCAGCUCGGCGCCUUCCGGCUCCUCGUGGCCGUGGACGGCGUCAACGCGCUCUGGGGAAGGACCACGCUGAAGAAGGAGGACAGGAGCCCCGUUUCUCCGGAGGAGCUGACGCUCGUGUACAACCUGAGGAAGAUGAUGAUGAAUAACUGG